AUGGCUGAUGAUAAUAUAGUGUUUGAAUUGCUGCAUUCAGAAAUAAUUAAUUAUGCUCUGGAAAAUUCAAAAAGUACUAACGGAAGUAAAGAUGUAGACUUGUCUGUUGUCGAGUAUAUUGGUUUUGCAGCUGGAUAUAAAAUGAUGGAGAGAUUAACUAGAGAUUGGCCAAGGUUCAAAGAUGAGUUAGAUACAAUGAAAUUCAUAUGCACUGAUUUCUGGACUUGUAUCUAUAAGAAACAAAUUGACAAUCUACGAACAAACCAUCAAGGUGUUUAUGUUCUACAGGACAAUGCUUUCCGCUUCCUCACAAACUUUUCCAACAGCCAACAAUAUUUGGAAUUUGCUCCAAGAUAUGUUGCAUAUACAUGUGGACUUAUAAGAGGAGGCCUUGCAAAUUUAUGCAUCAACAGUGUGGUUACAGCAGAGGUUCAAUCAAUGCCAUCGUGUAAAUUUCACAUACACGUUCAGAGAACUUAG